GUGCAGUCGUGACAGUGGGCGAAAAUUCAUCUGAUUGCCAACCAGUGUGAAUAGGUUGCUACGACCGAAAGGACCACUCCUUGUUGUGCAUACCAAGGUUUAGAAAGACAACGAGGGAUGGCUGAGCAGCUUGGUCUUAUCAACGGAAUGGAGCUGCAACAUACUGAUGAUGCUACGAAAACACUCUUUUUUGACGAUGGAAUUCGCAGGAUCGAUUAUGUGUUGGCCUACGAUGACGAGGAGGAUGAAGAGGAACUGCAGAAGAACAGUGAAAUGAGAAAAGUGUUCCUUGAAAAUCUAGUACAUCAAGGAUUGCAGGUCGAAGAGGCCCUAAGCACAAAGGACAGCCCAAGAGAUGACUAUGGAUCUACGUCUCCCACACCCUCUGGUGAAAAGACUGAUGAAACAGCAACACAGAUCAUUGAAUCCAGCACAAAGAAAAAGGAAAAGUUGACCCAUUUCAUCAAAAUUCAUGCCCCGUUUGACGAGCUUCUUGACAUUGCGGAGGAUAUGAAGAUGAAAAUGCCAAUCCAAGAAAAUGAUGUCGUAAUCACGUCUUGGGUACAGAAGAAUUUACCAUGGCUCGACAGGGCGAUUAAAAAGAACGACCCUUUUGUUGUAAGAGACAGUUACGUAAAGGAAGAGCCAAACUUUUUUGUAGCCACCUUCGACAAGUUCCGGUUGAAGGAUUUUAUCGGCUCAUCAAACCAAGACGAGUUUUUUUCACCUGCAGAAAGAAGCAGACUUGUAUACUACAUAUGCGAGAAAACACGUUACGGAGAUGGAAGGCUUCAAAUUGGGAUUGAUCACAUGGUCCACGAGGGAAUCUUCUUGGCGCAGUAUACACUUCAUGAUGGCAGAGUGCACGAAGAGGAAGGGCAGCAACCUGAAAACGACCGGCAGCGUUUGCACCAUGACUGGGCCAGCUUCAAGCGCAUUUUCAAGUACCAGCCGAUACCAGCUAUCAAAGAAUAUUUUGGCGAGAAAGUUGCUUUGUAUUUCGCAUGGCUUGGGUUUUACACUACGAUGCUUUUGCCUGCCUCUAUUGUUGGUUUUAUAUGCUUUCUGUACGGUAUUGGAAGCUCGUUCAACUAUGUUCCCGUCAAGGAAAUUUGCAAGCCGUCCAACGAGAGUCUGUUCUACAUGUGCCCACUCUGCGACAAGCUCUGCUCCUACUAUCUGUUGAGCACCACUACAUGUUUAUAUGCCAAGGUUACACAUUGGUUUGACAACCAGGCUACCCUUUUCUUUGCAUUGUUCAUGUCAUUCUGGGCUGUGUUUUUCUUGGAAUUCUGGAAGAGGCGACAGGUUUCUCUGGCCUAUGAAUGGCAUACGAUGGAUUUUGAAGAAGAGGAAGAGCGCCCUCGACCACAAUACGUUGCAAGGGUGACAACGCUGAAAGAAGAUCCAGUGACUGGAAAUAUGGAGCCAGUGAUGCCUCCGUCACAGAAAGUACCAAGGCUGGUUGGUGCAGGGGGCAUUGUUGUUUUCUUCAUUAUCCUCGUCAUUGCUGGUGUAACAAGUGUGAUUGUCUAUCGUGCCGCCAUUUACGCCAUCUUGCUCUCAACUAGUUCAACUGAGAUCAGAACUAGGGCCAAAAUAGUUGUUGCAGGUACCGCGGCAUGCAUCAACUUGCUGGUGAUCAACAUUUUGAAAUUCGUGUACCAACGGGUUGCUGUUAUGCUUACUGACUGGGAGAAUCCUAGAACACAGACUGACUACGAAGACAGCUUCACCGUCAAAAUGUUCUGGUUCCAGUUUGUCAACACAUACGCAUCGGUUUUCUACGUCGCUUUCUUCAAGAACGAGUAUUUUAUUGGCUCUCCUGGCAAGUACAAGCGAUUUGGCGGGGCAACUGCUUUCCGAUUUGAAGGGUGCUCAGCACAGGGUUGCUUCUUGGAGUUGUGUGUCCAGUUGAUAAUCAUCAUGGUCGGUCAGCAGUUCAUUGGAAACGUCACAGAAAUCGGAAUCCCUUGGUUGAUGAAGAUGCUGAAAAGAAGAGAGGCCAGCAAAUACACAGCUUCUCGACCCCAGUGGGAGAUGGACUACGACUUGCAGUCCCAAGACGAAUUGUCACUUUUCUGGCAGUAUCUUGAAAUUGUUCUGCAAUACGGCUUCGUCACAAUGUUUGUUGCCGCAUUCCCAUUGGCUCCGUUCUUUGCCUGGUUGAACAAUAUCGUCGAAAUUCGAUUGGAUGCCGUCAAUUUCAUAAAGAAUUUCCGCAGACCAGUCGCCCAGAGGGCUGAAGACAUCGGAGCUUGGUUCUACGUCCUGAGUACACUGACAGAGAUGUCAGUGUUGGUCAAUGCAUUCGUGCUUGCAUUUACAUCAGAGCUUAUCCCAAAACUGGUCUACACGUACAAGUACAACAUCGAAGGCACAUUACAUGGUUACGUUGAUUUCAGUAUGUCCUAUUUCAAUGUUGCUGACUUUACGAACUCAUCGAGACCUGACAACCCAACCGCCAAUGUUAACUACACCAUGCCUUUUUGCAGGUAUCCUGGAUUCCACGAUGGUUCAAGCCCGUAUAGCUACAGCAAGGUAUAUUGGAUCACACUGGCAGCUCGUCUCGCUUUCGUCUUUGUUUUCCAGUGGUUUAUCACAGUCGUCAGCAGAGUUAUUGCUUACAUCAUCCCCGACAUGCCAAAGAGCCUCGAUCUGAAAAUCAAGCGUGAACACUUCCUUGCCAAGGAGAAAGAGAUUUCCCACAGGGAAGCAACAGGCAAGAGAAAACCACGCACAAAAGACAAGCAGAAAGACGAUUCGAAGUGGAGCGAGGACCUCAGCAAGACCGAGACACAAAUGCUGUAAUCCCGGGACAACGUUUUUGUACGUUAAUCUUUAGUUAAUCUUAAGAAUCAGUCAAUGUAAUCGCUAUUGAUAAUUUUUGUAUUUAAUUGUUGCUGUAUUUUUUGUAGCAGAGAACUCGUCCGUAUUCACUAUGGCCUGGGUUUGCUUUAUGUUCUCUUCGAAAAAGUGCUGAAAUGAGGCCUAUCUUUCGCUUGCCCUCACUCUGUAUAUUGGCAAUCCACUAUCUUUCCUGGUACGAGCAGCACAUGUAUAUAUCACAUCUAUGCUACUGUGAUAUUAGCUUCACCCUCGUACAUCACAUUCCCUAUAAUUUCCUUUAAAGGCAUCUACCUCAAGUGCCCCUCCCCACAGUCGUACACCUACCCCAGUUUGUUAUGUCCUCUUUGUGGCUAAUCAAUCUCUUAUUGAUUGUUUAAUUUUGUGACGUCACUUCAAAACAAGAACUGUAUUUAUUUCAACUCAUCUCUUUUAUCGUAGGAAACGAUCGCCUCGCAGACUUUUAAUUCUAUUUUGAGUUUUCGCUGAAGAUUGCAUAUUCUUUAUGUCAUAUUUAAAGUCUUAAAACUUACAUUUUUGUCAUUUAUACAGGGUAUUUUGUGUAUAAUACGAUCAUUCCACUUUUCGCUGUAAAAGCAACUCUUCUAUGCACGUAAAUGGAGGUUUAGAGCUUAUUGUAUUAUUUUUCUACCGUUUUUUGUUAAUCUUGGGUUUAAGGUAUAUAAGAAAAUUGAAUAAUUAUUAAUUGCAAUUAAUUUGACGUUUUCGUGCUCGUAUACCAUGUUGUCCAUACGGUUUUUGUACCUCCCUCCCUCCUCCAAUUGAUUCCGAUAAACUACUUCCCCCUUUAACGAGCUGUUGCCAGGAAUCGCCUAAAAUUUUGCUGGAUCUUAUUUAUUUAUAAGAACACAUAUUUCCUCUACUAAUUUUAACAUAAGAUUUCCUAAAAUAAAACUUACGAGGAGUCCCCUUUCUAAGGUAUUUUAAGAACAAGCCUAACCCGCUCGAAUGAUGCACCAUAGACACCAACAUUCCACUAAAAGAGAUGCGAGGAGCAAACAGAAUUUCACAUAUUUGUUAGAAUCAACCUCGUACUACCCCUAUCUCUAUCCUUUCACCAUGCACAAUUUAGUUUUUAGCAAAACACGUAGGUUCCCAGCAUGCACAAUAAGCAAACUAUUUGUUGACACCUUGUAGGCCUUGUAAUAGAGAACAUGCGGCCGUGCUAGGGAGAGUUUGGGGGUGUGACACCAACCUAUCCCUCAAAGAGUCAUUAAUUGGUUUCUUACUCGAUUGAUUUGGCACUAUUGCUUAUCCGGUAAACUUUGUGAUUUGCAUUAUUCAUGAAAUCAUCCUGCCAAGCUGUGAUUGACACCGCCCCCAAAAUAUUUCCCUAGCGCCGCCCAGUCAAGACGUAGCGUUUACGCGAGUCACGUUUUCCUAUGUCGCAUUUUUUGUAGCACCGGAUAAAAACGCUGCUCAGUUGUUGGAACACAAUUUUUUAUGUUAAUCUAUCAAGCUUUAUUUUCUUACAAUUUACAGAAUUAUUAAAAGGA